AUGGUGGUAGGUGGUGGUGAUUCAGAUGGAUCUUGGGGUGGUGGUGGUGGUAGGAGAUAUGAUGAUGAAAGCAGAGGACCACCACCCAGGGUUUCUGAUAAUUUGGCUAUGGGUAAAAUACCAUUAACUACUUCCAGGACUAGUAGUUUUGGUUGUGGUUUUGGGAGGGAUUCCAGUGAUAGAACUAGAAUGUCGCUUAGUCCACCUAGCGUUAUGGAAGGUGGUGCUUUGAGUGAGCCUGUGAAAUCGUCAAGGCCUAGUCCAUUUGGUGAGGCACGUCCUAGGGAAGAGGUAUUAGCUGGAAAAGGUUUGGAUUGGAAGAUUGUGGAUGCAGAGAUUGAUGCAAAGCAAACUACUAGCAUGCCAACAAGUGUUGAUUCUAGUCAGCCAACAAGUUCUUCAAGCAGGCCUCAGAGUCACGACCAAAGGGUUGUCGAUUUCACGGAUCAGAGGCCACUGUCACAGUCUGCCAGGUCCGAUGACUCGAGACAUAUGGAGCCAAGGGGAAGGUCCAAGCGAGGGGAUAGGUUGUAA